CUUUUCGAUGUCACUCGCGCAACGUGAUCAAGCUCGUGGCUGUGCAGUGUGCAGGAGGAAGUUAUAAUUGAACAGUCUCCGAAAGUCAUAGAUAGUCAGUUCAGUGCAGGUGUUGUGGCUUCUCGAGUCUGUUUAAAACGGCUUGUUUAAAUGUCCCAUGUCAAUGGCCAUUUAACGUCUGUUACUAUUUGAGCCAACUUUACUUACUUAGCUCGUGAUAUUGUUAGAUAGGACUACAGAUCCUGCGGGAUUCUUUGAUUUUUUUGUGAUUCGUUGAUAAUUUUAUAAGUUACGUUAGAAAUCAUGUCGGUGGAAGAGAGAAUUCUGCACUAUCAAAAGAGUAUUGGAGAGUCUUUGAACAACAGCAGAAGGUUACUUCACUGUCUUCGUGCCUUGGACAGGUUAUCAAUUACAGUUACUCACCUUCGUGAAACAGGAAUUGGGCGAACUGUAUGUUCUCUUCGUAAAUUGGAUGAUGGUGUAGGUGAUGCUGUUAAAGAUUUAGUUGGUAAAUGGAAAAGUAUGGUGGCAAAUACUCAGUCAUCAUCUUCUGAAUCUGAUGAAACAUCUCCAGCUUCCCCAGAUACUAAUCCAUCCUUAAAGGAAGAUUCUAUGACUGAUCACAAAGAAUUGAAAAGAAAAUAUUCUGAAACCCAUGAUUCACAUAAAAAAUCAGAGCCUUCAAAUUCAAAUAAGGUUGAUGAAUUAAAUUCCAAUAAAAGUAAAGAUGAACCAGACAAGAAAAAAAUAAAAAUCAUAACAAAUAAAUAUGAAGAAUCUUCAGAAAGUAUUAAUAAUGUUCCAAGUAAAAAAUCACAUAAAUCUAGCAAAUCUGAACAUUCAUCAUCUUCCUCAUCAAAACAUAAAAAAUCUAAGGAUCAUGAUAAAAAGUCGUCUAAAAGUUCACAUAGCUCAUCAAGCAAAAGUAAAGACAAAAGUAGUGAAUCUUUGAAAAGUGAUAAAGAUAAACACAAAGAAGAUAAAGGAAAUAAAAAACACAAAGAAGGAAAAAAAUCUAGAGAACAUUUGCAUGGGAAAGAACACAAAAGUAAAGAACAUGAGAAUAAAGAAUAUAAAAGUAAAGAACAUGAGAAUAAAGAACAUAAAAAUAAAGAAUUUGAUAAAGAAAAGAUAAUGGUUGGUAAUGAUGAAGAUGGAGUUGACAGCACUUCAGGCACUAGCUUUGCUGAUGCCCUGGGUAUUAUGUGCAUGGCUCCCUCUUCAAAAAAGAAAAAAGAAACUUUAUCUAAAACGAUCAAAACCGACUCUAAGUAUAGUUCAAUUUCCUCUUCCAAUUUAAAUAAAUCUGUCAUAUCUAAAGGAUUGAGUACGUCUGAUCAAAAAGAGAUUCCUGAACAGUCUGAACCUUUAGCUGCAAUAGAACCACGUGCUGUUUUAGACGCUCUCAAUAAUGAAGAAAUAACAAAUGCUGCAUUACCAUUACCUGAAAUUAGUAAAAAUUAUAGACCUCUACCUACAGUAUCUGUAGCGCAGCGUCGUCAAGAUGAGGAUGAAUUACUCGCAAAAGUUAUGUAUUCAAGGAACCAAAGAACUAAAGUCUUUUCAGGGAACAAAUCUGGUUAUACUAAUGUUUCUACUUUGUGUGAAAUAUGCAUCCGUACAAUCGUAGAAAACAUUGAUGCAUUAGGAUAUACUGGUGGAGUACCAUUUGACAUCAUGAAACCUAUUUUACAAAGAGUCACUCCUGAACAACUAUUUACAAUCGAACACCAUAAUCCUUAUUUAAUUCAGGAUACAGAUGAAUUGUGGGCAUUCCACUGUAAUAAGGAUUUUAAAACUAAAAAAAAACAAGAAAUGGAAUCAUCACGAGAUAUGUACAUGCGUUGCUUUGAAGAAAGAGAAAAUAAACUCAAAUCUCUUACCAACAGCAUCAAACGAGCAGCAGAUGCCUCGCAGCCUGUGAGAACAACUAAAUUAGCUUAUGUUGAUCAUAUUGUGAAGCCUCCUCGUAACGUAAUUCGUGCCCAAAGCAAAUUUGGUACAGGUAAUGUUUCAGCAAAGGCUGAUUUAAAAUAUAAACUAAUGUCAGGUACAGCAAGUACUAGUAGCAAUAAUUCAAGUGAUUCAAAAAGUUCAUCAACAAGACCUCCAGAAAGGAUAGUUGUUCCACCUCCACCCUCUGGUAGAAGAGGAGGAAUAACCAAUUCAAGUAGCAUGAAAAAAAUUAAAGCUCCUUUAAUGGCAAAAAUGCUUCAAUCUAUAAAACGAUCCAAACGAUAGUUAACUAAUUCCAUGUAAAAUAUGUUAUUAAUAUUUUCAAAAAUACAAUCAUAUAUAGUCAAAUAAUAAAAAUGAAAAGAAUGAAAAAUUUUCUACAAUUACAAAGUGUGCUUUGCUUAGUAACUAAAACUGUGUAGCUAUGCCAUCAAUUUUAGUACUUGCGAUUAAUUCAAUGACUUAACGACAUAAAUGAUAUAUUCAAGUUGACAUUAUAUCUAUACCUCGAUUAUUUAGAUAAUUUUAUCAAUCAAUUUUUCAAUAAUUAACAGUGAACUCGUUCUUACGCUACCUAGGUAUGUUUGAUGAUGGGUUCAAAAAUGUAGCAACUGUAAAGUUUUUAACAAGCUUUGGAUUUGACUCGAACCCAACAUAAAUCCAUUAUUUGCGCAUAAUCAUUUGUUUUAUGAAAUGAUUUUUUAUCUAUAGGAAAAAUAAUGAUUUUCUCAAUUGUUGUUGACUUCAAUUUUGAUCAAUAUGUUCGUUAACAUAAGUAGGAAUUCGACUUGUUUAUUUAUUAAAAAAUGUACGGAUUGCAUUUGGAGUUAAAAAACUCAUAUUAACUUUAACACCAUGAAAUUAUUUAUAAUCAAUUCAACGAUUACAAUAAAGUUUACAUCAAAUAAAAAGGUUUUAAUUUAAUACAAAA